AAGGGAAGGCAGGCAGGCUGGCAGGAGAGGGAAGAAAAGAGAACUCCGCGCGCUCUCGUGGCGCACGCACGGGCCGCUGGCAAGCGCGGCGUGGAGCGAAGCGGCUGGGGGGCGCGCGCGCGCGAGGGGGCGGGAGGCCGUCCUGUGCGCUCCAGCAGCCGGGGGCUUCCUCUGUCACAGGAAGGCGGCUGGGCUGGCUGAGGGGAAGGCCUCCUUUGCUGUAGUAUUUCUCCUCCCUCCUUGGCCCCGGGGAAUGAUCUCCAGCCUCGGCUUUUUCUCGCCGCUGUUGUUGUUGUUGUGUUGUUGAGACAGGAAGUGAGGAAUGUUUUCGCUCUGAGAGGGGGAGAGAGGUGCAGGCGGCUCUUCGCUUCCAGGGAAAGGCGACCCGAGAAGCCUUGCUGACCUUUCCAUCCCCCCCCCCAAAAAAAACGAAUACCCAUGAAAUGGUUUCAUCAGGAUUGCUUUCCAAACUGCGCCUGGAUGGUUAAAAGUCCUCUUUCCUUGAAUUGCUGCAACAGAAUUUUCGUCAAUGCUUCCUUUGCUCAGAUCUUGGAGGAGGACCUGCCACUUUUUGAUGGCCGCUGCUGCAGCUGCCGGUUGAUCAUCUGGGGACUUCAUAGCUCCUGACUAUUCGUGGGAGGCAAGGCAUUCCUGGAAGGCUUUCCGUGACUUCUUGUGAAUGUGCUAGGGAAGAAAAUGCCUCUGCCUUUCGGGCUGAAGCUGAAACGAACUCGACGCUACACAGUGUCUAGCAAGAGCUGCUUGGUGGCCCGCAUCCAGUUGCUUAACAAUGAGUUUGUGGAAUUUACACUGUCGGUGGAGAGCACCGGGCAGGAAAGCCUGGAGGCUGUGGCACAGAGGCUGGAACUUCGAGAGAUCACUUAUUUCAGCCUCUGGUAUUUCAACAAGCAAAACCAGCGCCGGUGGAUAGACUUGGACAAGCCUCUGAAAAAGCAACUGGACAAAUAUGCCUUGGAGCCGACUGUAUUCUUUGGUGUGGUGUUUUAUGUGCCUUCUGUCUCCCAGCUUCAGCAGGAGAUUACCAGAUACCAGUAUUAUCUACAAUUGAAGAAAGACAUAUUGGAAGGAAGCAUCCCAUGCACGUUCGAGCAAGCAGUGCACCUGGCUGGCUUAGCUGUUCAAGCUGAUUUUGGAGAUUAUGACCAAUAUGAAUCGCAGGAAUUUCUACAGAGAUUUGCCUUGUUUCCUGUGGGUUGGUUGCAAGAUGAAAAGAUCCUGGAAGAGGCAACCCAGAAAGUGGCCUUACUCCAUCAGAAGUACAGGGGCCUCACUCCGCCUGAUGCAGAAAUGUUAUAUAUGCAAGAAGUUGAGAGGAUGGAAGGAUAUGGUGAGGAGAGUUAUCCUGCAAAGGACAGCCAAGGAAGUGACAUAUUCAUCGGAGCUUGUCUUGAUGGAAUCUUUGUGAAACACAAAAAUGGUCGGCCUCCCGUCAUCUUUAGGUGGCACGACAUUGCGAACAUGUCCCACAACAAGUCCUUUUUUGCAUUAGAAUUGGCAAAUAAAGAAGAGACUAUCCAGUUCCAAACUGAAGACAUGGAAACGGCAAAAUAUGUGUGGAGGAUGUGUGUGGCCAGGCACAAAUUUUAUAGACUAAAUAAAUGUAGCCUAGACUCCCCAGAUUCUCCGCCUGAGGAAGGCUCUCAGAAAUCUUUCCUCAUUCUUUCCUUUCCACGCUUUCCAAUCCUUUCUCGUCCUUCUCUGCUCAAAGGACAAGCUCAGGCGGUGACCGUGAAUCCGGUUAGAAGGAGGUCUUCCUCCAGGAUGUCUCUGCAGCCCAAACCGCCGCAGCCUUAUAUGAUGGCUCCGCCACCACCUCAGUUGCACUACAACGGACCCUACGCAGACCAGUAUACAUCUUCCCAAGAUAACCUCUAUGGGAAUAACCAGAACGGCUAUUACUGCCACUCUCAGACCAGCCUGGACAGGGCGCCGCAUGACUACAAUGGCAGAAUCCGCAACGGCAGCGUCUACAGCGCUCACAGCACAAACUCGUUGAAUAACCCACAACACUACAUGCAGCCGUCGCCCAUGUCCUCCAACCCGAGCAUCACCGGCAGCGACGUCCUCCGGUCUGAUUACGUCCCGUCACACCGGCACAGUGCCCUUAUACCGCCUUCGUAUCGGCCUACCCCGGAUUAUGAGACGGUGAUGAAGCAGCUUAACCGGGGAAUGAUACACUCGGACAAGCAGAGCCACUCGAUGAGGAACCUUAACAUUGGCAACUCCUACGCCUACAGUAGACCCGACGCCAUGGUUUACAGCCAGCCUGAAAUCCGAGAACACGCCAAUUUCACCUCCCCUCAUUCUGGCCACUACCCGUUCAACCUGAAUUACAGUUUCCACAGCCAGUCGCCCUACCCCUAUCCUGCCGAAAGGCGCCUGGUGGUUGGAGCAGUGAGCGUCCCUGAACUGACGAACGUUCAGUUACAGGCCCAGGAGUACCCUGCGCCAAACAUCAUGAAGACUCAAGUGUAUCGCCCCCCUCCUCCUUACCCUCACCCGAGACCCGCCAACAGCACACCGGACCUUUCUCGGCACCUCUACAUCAGCAGCAGCAACCCGGAUCUCAUUACCCGGCGGGUCCAUCACUCGGUCCAGACGUUUCAGGAAGACAGUCUACCCGUUGCACAUUCCCUCCAGGAAGUGAGCGAGCCCUUGACGUCGGCCCGGCACGCUCAGCUGCAGAAGAGGAACAGUAUUGAGAUAGCUGGCUUGGCCCACAACUUUGAGGCCAUGAGGAUUAAAGAGAGGACCAUGUCGGCAUCAGCCGCAGAUGUGGCCCCUCCAAAGGUUAUACUUGCCAGCUCACAGCCCACUGUUUUCUUGGAGAGGAUGAAGCAAGAGGAAAAUGAGGAGCAAGAGGAAAAUGUGAGCUAUGGACACAAGAAAUCUCUUUCAGAUGCCACUAUGCUGAUUCACAGCAGCGAGGAAGAGGAAGAAUUUGAAGACGAACACAAGGCCAGUGCAACCCUCUCUCCCUUCGUCAAUGGGAAACCCCAACUUCCUUCUGUCAUGGGAUGCUAUCCUUCUGAAUCCUUACUGAACUACCCCUACAGCUCCGUCACUUCACACCCUGGCCCUUUGCACAUACACGAACCCAAGUUGCAUAUUACUGAGACCGAGAGAGUAAAAGAUGUGAGUCCUUCCCACAUCGUGGCUGACACUCAGGUACAGAGAAGAGGCGAUGGGCUGCUGACUCCGUCUGUGUCAGAGUCUGACUUAACAAUGUCUGCAAGGUACAGGGUGCGGAAGGAUUCCAUAAAGAAGAGGCCUGUGUCUGAAUUGCUUUCCGGGAAGAAGAACAUAGUGGAAGGGCUUCCUCCUUUAGGGCAGGUCAUGAAAAAGAACAGAGCCGAAGCCAAAAAAAUGGGACCUUUGAAGUUAGCUGCUCUAAAUGGACUGACGUUAUCUCGGCUGCCGCUGCCAGACGAAGGGAAGGAGGAACCUGCCAGAGCAACAAAUGAUGAACGGUGUAAAGGUCUGGAACAAGGGUUGGAACAAGGGAUGGUGUUUACAGAAUACGAGCGGAUCCAGAAGAAAAGGCUUCUGGAUGGGGACUGCUCAAUUGCCCGCCUUCCAGAAAACGCAGAAAGGAACAGGUUUCAGGAUGUGCUUCCUUAUGACGACACCAGAGUAGAGCUGGUCCCUACUAAAGAAAACAAUACGGGUUAUAUCAAUGCUUCCCACAUUAAGGUCUGCGUUGGGGGCAUGGAGUGGGAUUAUAUUGCUACCCAAGGUCCUUUGCAGAAUACAUGCCAAGAUUUCUGGCAGAUGGUGUGGGAGCAAGGGGUUGCCAUUAUAACCAUGGUGACUGCAGAAGAGGAGGGAUGCCGAGAGAAAAGCUUCCGAUACUGGCCGCGGCUUGGCUCGAGGCACAACACAGUGACGUAUGGGAGGUUCAAGAUCACCACCCGAUUCCGAACGGACUCUGGCUGUUACGCAACGACAGGCCUGAAGAUCAAGCACCUCCUCACGGGGCAAGAGAGAACGGUUUGGCACCUUCAGUACACAGACUGGCCGGAGCAUGGCUGCCCAGAGGACAUAAAAGGGUUUCUUUCAUACUUGGAAGAGAUACAGUCAGUCCGGCGCCACACAAACAGUACUGCGGAUCCUACAGUCCCCAACCCUCCCCUGCUGGUGCAUUGCAGUGCUGGCGUUGGGAGAACCGGUGUGGUCAUCUUGUCGGAGAUCAUGAUUGCCUGCUUGGAGCACAAUGAGCCACUGGACAUCCCAAGAAUGCUGGAUAUGUUAAGACAGCAAAGGAUGAUGAUGGUGCAGACCUUGUGCCAAUACACGUUUGUCUACGGAGUCCUCAUCCAAUUCCUUAAGAGUUCGAGGCUUAUAUAAGCCUUCCUUACUACGCUUCCUAAGUUUCGCUGUUUGCAAGAGUUUACAAAAGCAGUUUUGCCUUCCGCCGGGGCAACGUUUCUGGCUUGGUUUGAAGAUGCUGAGUGCAAGUCCAGUGGCUUCUUGCUUCUGCAGAGCAAGACUUUGGGGUGGAUGGGUUUUCUUCUUCGUGUGCAGUUGGAACAAGAAAGGAAGGAGUGUGUGUGUGUGUGUGUGUGUGUGUGUGUGUGUUGUGUUUAAAUAAUGUACUGGUAUGCAGUGCUUUUUGUGUACUUCUGACACUGUGUGACUGUAGACAAAAUAAGUGUGGAUCCUACCAAGACAUCACCAUUUCGAAAACCAAGGAUGGAUAAUUUUUAAUUCUUUUUUUUUUUAAA